AUUCAUCUAUUUCUUACAUCGAAAAAUUCGAAUUCAUACAAUUCAUUCAUAUAUAAUAAAAAACUAUUGAAUCAAUCUCAAUGGAUCAAAAAACAGUCACUGCCACCACCAACACUACAACAACCACAAUGGCUGACAUCACUAACAACAACAGCGAUAAUGAAAUGCUUAUUAUUAAUGAUCCUUCGGAAUAUGCUGAGACAUCUAGUCAAUUUGAUGAACGAAUCGGAACUGAAAGUGAAAUAUCACGUGAAUUUCGUUGGCUUGAUUAUUAUACGAAUGAUACGCAUUAUAAUGAUGUAGAAUGGCGAUCCAGCCCACGUUGUACACCCUGUUGUAAUGCUAAUGAAUUUGACAUCGCAGUGGCCUUUCCGGAAUAUGUUGAUGUAACACAAACUACUCUUGAUUUAAGUGAAACAAUAAUUCCGCAUGUUCCUCAAGCAAGUUCAGUUAUGGCUACCGGUGGGACUGAUCAUGAAGUGGAUAACAAUGAUAUGAACAAUAAUGAUGAUCGAUUUGAAAAUCCUGAUUUUAAUUUCAAUUAUCAACAGAAUCAGCUUGAUUUUAGUGAUGACUAUGAUGUUUAUGUUCCGUUAGCACCACCCCCAUCACCAUCAUCAAACGAUUUUAUUUUCGUAUGUGAUCUCUCUGAACAAUCCACCGAUUAUGAUGGAGACAACGAUGAAGGUUCAGAGCAAAUGCUAACUAAUGGCCGAAAACGUAAUCGUCGCCGUCGAUUGCGACCACUUAACAUCAAUAGAAAUGAACAAAGAAAAUGGUGGCAUAUUGAAAGUCUAACUGAAAAAUGUGGUAUUAUCGUUGCUGUCUGGAUAUUCGUUAUCUGGAUUGUUAUCAUGGUACUACUGUCAAUUAUUGAAAAAACACGCAAUCCAAAUUCAUCAGAUGAUCCACAUAAUGGCAAUGAUUCUAAUUCUAAUCAUUAAACAAAAGUAAUGAGAAAAGUACUGGCGUGUGUUGUUUGUCUUGUUUUUAAAACUUUUAACCUAUCUAUAUCUAUUUUUUCUAUUAAAAUUCUUUAAUUUUUCCAUAUAACAAAAUAUGGCUUGGUAAAGAUUUGAAACAAUAAAUCAUUCUAUUCUAA